AUGUUUGACGGUGUCGCAUACAAUUCCCUGGAGCCCAAUUUGAUGUGUCACGUAGUCUGGGUAUCAAAUAUUGAUUUGGGUGAGGAUGGUUUGCCACCGUUAGGCUACACCGAUUUGUCAACGUGCCCACUGUUCUUAAAGCAAAUGGAUGAGAGUUCCGAACGGGCCCGCGAGCGACGUAUAUCAACUGCUUUGAGCGCAAUUGGUUCAAAUAUUCGAAACAUACCUAUGCAGGAGUGGAUGUUUCGCAAUAUUCAAAGAAACGUUUACGGGCACAUGUGCGUUCUGGCGCCACGGGGUAGCGGUAAGACUACAGCGGCAAUAACGGCGAUGGCGAUUGAGCUGAAUCCGUUCCCCGUACUGCAAUCAAUUUAUUUUUGCAUCAAUUCGGACGCUGCGGUACAGUUAUUCUACCUGAUACGCAAAAUUCUGAAAGCCAUUGCCGGCAAUACCAUCAAGGCCAUCGAUGUCGGGUUGGUGACAGGCUCAGUUGGACCAGCGAAUUUGGAACGUUUCAAAAUCAUCGUUGGGACUCCACAUGAUAUAAUUCGCCUAGUUGAACUUCGCAACAUAAAUCUUGACCAUCUCUCAACAUUAUUUUUAGACGAUGGUGACAUGACAUUCACUACCUCGAAAAUUCAUGAAUUUGUCGACCGGUUGAAUAAAACCCGUCUGAUCUACUUAUCCACAGCGAUAAAAGAGAAGUUGUGUAUAAGAUUGCAGACAAUGCAUUGCAAUCAUAUGUACGUGAAUGGAUUGGCCAAGGCCCCUAUGAAAACGUAUCAAUCGACCGAUACGAAAGUUGUGCAUGCACGUCUGGGUACUAAUGCUAUCAAGCAUUACUGCCGCGUCGUUAAUGCACAUACUAAACUGGUGUAUUUCAAUGAAAUGGUAAAUUUAAUGAAAUCAGGUGAUCAAGCCAUUGUGUUCUGCAAUGAAAAAAAAAAUGCAGAAUUACUUUUUCAAAAUUUAAAAAAGGACCAUGACGUGGUAAUGCAUUCGGGUGAUAUGGAGCUUGCUGAUCGUGAAGAGAUUCUUCAAGGGUUUCUGAAGGGAAAAGGCAAGUUACUUAUCUGCACAGAUGCGCUAUCACGUGGUAUGGUUUUUCAUAACGUCCGCAUUGCCAUUUCAUUUGACAUACCCAUGAAAAUGUGCAAAGACGACACACGUACGUGGGAAAUUGAUUGCCUUUCUUAUGAAAACCGUGUCCACUCCUGUGGCAAAUGCCAAUUGGCAUUCAGUUUUGCCAAUAUCCAUGAAUUUUCGAAACUGAAGGCCAAAAUUAAUGUUCACUUAUUGGUCAAUAAUUCAGUUAUUGUUCAAUAA